UGUUGAUUCUGUUUUCACACUAUGGAGUGGGAAUAGCUGCAGACACACGGUUACAGGCAGAAGAUGAGUUCUCAGCAGUUUCCCCGGGCUGCGUUGCCUCCCUCUGGGGCUGGACAAGGUCAGACAUCUGCUGGCAGCACUGGUCUAGUGACACAAUCAGUAGGCGGUGAGGACAGCAGCCGUGACGUGGAUCACUCUCAUGAUCCUCCACCUGGCAGUGGGGGUGGAGCAACACCAUUUCGUGAUGACAAGCAGGAGACAGUGGUGGUCAGACCCUACCCACAGGUCCAAGCCCACAGCCAGCCUCCCACUCUGCCCCAGCAUGUGCCUAUCCAGCCCAGCCCUUCGGUUAAUGUGGCCGCCCCAUCAGUCCACCUGCCCCAGGGCCUGCAGACCAGCAUAGGCGAUGGCUCAGUAAAGGCUGCCCUGAAAUCACAGAUGCCCAGUCGUCUCAUAGCUCCUGCUCCUGCAGUUAGCCAAGGGCAUAUUCCUGUUCCAGCCAAAGUGUCUGGACAUAUCACCGUUCCUCUUGAGAGCAGCAUUGCUCCAGCCUCAAUACCAGUUGCAACCAUCAGCGGUCAGCAGGGACAGAGUAACCUGCAUCAUCUAAUGGCGACUAAUGUGCAGUUCAUCAGGAGCAGUGCACCUGCGCUACAGAUUGGAUCUCCUGCUCCUCCUCCUCAUACUUUCACCUCCCAUCUACCUAGAGGCGCAGCCGCUGCAGCUGUCAUGUCCAGCACUAAAGGCCCCACUGUUCUCAGACCAGCCGGAGGAGGAAACACAGGCCCUGGCCAACCUGCAGCUGUGCAGCACAUCAUACACCAGCCUAUUCAGUCUCGACCUUUGGUGACAACCUCAACGGCUGUUCUGCCUACCAUGGUGGCUCCCAUCCCAGCUGCCAGAACCCAGUCUCCAGUUAUUAGCACCCCUGUAACACAUGCUUCAGAGAUGGCUCAUGGGCGACCAAUGACCAUUCACCCUUCACCGAUCAACAUCCAGCGUCCACCCACCUCACGGGACACUGUCACUCGUAUCACUCUCCCCUCCCACCCAGCUAUUGGAGCCCAGAAGGCCCAGCCCCCUCACACUGUCACACAAAAGCCAAUCUUCAACACUGUGACUCCUGUUGCUGCUGCCACUGUUGCUCCUAUAUUAGCUACAAACACUGUUCCGUCAGCCACUACUACAGGCUCUGCACCACAUUCCCAAAUGACCAGUAGCACUAUUGUCACCAUGACGAUGGCCUCUCACUCUUCACAUGCGACAGCUGUGACAGCCUCUGCCAUUCCUGUUGCUAAAGUUGUUCCUCAGCCGAUUGCCCACACAUCCCCCCGCAUCCAGCCAGAGUACCCAGGGGAGAGGACCAACCUGAUUCCCAUCUCUGGCCAUCGCUCCUCUCCAAACCCUGUCACCAUGGAGGCACGCAGUGACAACCGUCCCUCAGUACCAGUGCAGUUUCAAUACUUCUUACCCACAUACCCCUCAUCCCCAUAUCCUCUGACCCACACAUACACCCCCAUCACCAGCUCUGUCUCCACCAUACGCCCCUACCCAGUGACCGCUCAGGCUCAGAGCUCCGCUCUUCCUGCUCAGGCUGGUGUAGGUGUGGCUACCACUGUGCACUUGAACCCUAUGCAGCUGAUGGCAGUGGAUCGCAUCGGCCUGCAGUCUGCCCAGAUCAGCACCCAGAACAUCCAGCCAGCCUCUAUGACUGCUCAGGGCAUUCAGCCUGCACCAGUUGGAGUUCAUGGACUGCAUGCCACUGCACCAAUCAGCGCGCAGGGCGUACAGCAGGCUCCGGUUGCCACACAGCAACCACAGUCGGAAACAAAACCAUCAGGUGUAGUUCUGGCUGAUAGUACUGCGUUUGUCACAAAUCAAGUGGGUAGCACUUUCAGUGGCACACAGCCCAUCACUACGAUGGUGCAGACACACUCCCAGGGGGCAGGCCCCACGCUUGUCUCCUCCCCCCGACCCAGCAUCCUUCGCAAGAAACCUGUGAAUGAAGGGGCUGUGCGUAAAAGUCUGAUCCCAGCGCAGCCGAGCGAGCCUAACGCUGGCCGGGUGGAUAGUGGGAUAAGGCUGUCAGGAUCCCCUCGCCCAGCAGGAGUAAAGCCCAAGUCUGAUGUUCAUGUUGCCAUGGCUCCCCCUGUCAUGGCUACAGUGGAGGCUCUGCCCAGUCAUGGAGGAGAGCAGCAGAUGCUCUCCACUCCUGCCCAGCAUCAUUCACAGGCCAUUCCCACCCUUUUAGCUCCUCCAGCUUCUACACCGCCCUCUCAACCCACAGCAGUUCUCUCAGCCCUGCCGGUAGCCAUGGCUGUCACUCCCCCUGUGUCUGCCUCCAUGGCCAGUGCAGUGGCCUCUCCCACCCAGCCUGCGGCCAGUAGCACUGCUGCCCUGAGCUCCACCCUUCCAGAGGUUAAAGUCAAACAGGAAAUGGAGCCAAUGGACACCUCUCAACCAGUGCCCUUAGCACCCUCUUCAACAGUUCCUGCUCCAGCACUUUCCUUCCAGGCUCCCACCCUGUCUAAUUCUGCCCAACCUGGAGACCUCCUGCCUGGGGCCUCCCCAAGGAAGAAACCCCGCAAACAGCAGCACGUCAUCUCCACCGAGGAGACUGAGAUGAUGGAGACCAACAGCACAGAUGAGGAGAGAGCUAGCUGCCGAGCCCCAGGAACCAGACCUGACAGACAUGAGUCUCCACCCAGAGAAUAUGUUGAUGAGGAGGGUGUUCGUUAUAUGCCAGUCCGCCCUAGACCUCCCCUCACUCUACUGCGACAGUACCGUAACCCUUGGAAGGCUGCCUAUCACCACUUCCAGAGGUACAGUGACAUCAGAGUGAAAGAGGAGAAGAAAGGAACCCUUCAAGACAUGGCCAAUCAGCGAGGAGUAGCAUGUCGUGCUCAGGGCUGGAAGGUGCACCUGUGCGCUGCACAGCUGCUGCAGCUGUCUAACAUGGAGCAUGACGUGUACAGCCGGCUGACCACUCUGCAGGAGGGGCUUAUCCCAAAGAAGAGAGCUGGUGCUGAUGAUGACUUGCACCGCAUCAAUGAGCUCAUACAGGGUAACAUGCAGCGCUGCAAGUUGGUGAUGGAUCAGGUGACUGAAGCUCGAGACACCAUGAUGAAAGUGCUGGACCAUAAGGAUAGAGUCCUCAAGCUGCUCAACAAGAAUGGAACUCCCAAGAAGAGCUCCAAAUUAAAGCACAAGGAGCGGGCAUAGACUGGAGAGAAGAUCCCGCCAACUCCAUGGUCUUAGUCUUUCACCAUCAGCAGAAUCAGAUACAGGAAUGAUCCUUAAAAGCUGGACCUGUCAUGGUUUAUCAGGGUGCUGUGCACAAUCAUCAUCUUUCUUUUACAGUCUCAAAGACGGAGUCGGUUGUGCACCAUCAAAGAAAUUUUUUUUUUUUUUUUUGUACAAAAAAUAUCUGCUUACUGUGGACUCAAGACUGGGUGUGAGGGAGCCCAGUUAGGCAAUGUUUCUUUUUUUUUUCCCCCUUUAGAAAUUCUUCAGAUAUUAAAUUUUUUAAAUAAACAUUAUGUUGCCUUAUUUUGUUUUUGUUAUAGAGGCAAAGCAUUUGCUGUAGUGGACUUGAAAGAUCAGUAGGGUCAACUGUUUUGUAACUCUUUGAUUCACAGCAGUACACACUGCACACAUACACACACUCAAAACAGUGUGUGAACUUUGUGUUUUCGUGCCUUGUAAUAUGGGUGAAACUGUGGGAUUUUUUCUUUCUUGUGUGCUGUUAAAUUAAACACUCCCAUUUUAACCUGCAAAUUAAGUCCACUGUAAAAAUACUUGGUUAUAGUCUUGUACUAAUCCAACAUGAUUUCCUCUCUAGCCCCUAAUGAAUUUUUUUUUUUUU